AUGAACUCAUAGCAAUAUUAACAAGAAAUUUGGAAUAUGAGAGUGGCUGUUAAAGUAUAUCUAUUAAAUAGCAAUAUACCACCUAUAUACCUUAUGAUUUAUAGAUAACAUUAUUUACUAUUCUACUAUCAACAGAUUUAUGAUGUACAAAUAUAUUAAUUAAACAUUUAGCAUUUCAAUUCCUUUUAACCUUAAAUUAAUAAGAUAAAUUAAAUUUCUUUUAGAUAUAAAAAUACUCUAUUACCAUAUUAAAUACCUUUUGGAGUAUUGGUUGAUUUAUAUAAAAGUGAGGAUACAUUUACACCUAUUGAAUUAAUAUUAAUCUAUUAGAAAGAAGCCCACUUUAUUAAUUUAGAAGAUGAAAUAAAGAAUUAAAUCAAAUUUAAUCUCAAAUAGGCUUGCUUUGGUCGUUACAAUCAUGAAGGAUACGGAACUCCCCUCAAAAAUUUAACCUAAUAUAUGUCAAUUAGUGAUGAGAAAUAAGCAUUAAAAUAAAUAAAGUCAUUUGAAAAUAAGGAAGAUCUUUAUAAAUAUUAUAAGAAAAUAUUUGAAACACCUAAAACAGGAAAAAUCUAACUUCCAAUUAGAAUAUAUUUCAAAAAAGGAGGACACUUUUAAACUAUAAUUGAAUUGAAUGACUAAUAAUUAACUAUAGGAUAAGCAUUAAAUAUUAAAUUGUAAGGAGCUACUUUUAUAUUCAAUGGAUUACCAUUAAAUACUUAAAUUCCAGCUCAAGACUUUUAUGAUUAACUUUACUCAAUUGAUGGUUUUUGUUAUUUUGUAUGUUGA